GUUGUAUAGACACAACAAUUUAGUCAAAUACGGGUCUUUUGUAGGCGUAACAGAAAGGAACAAAUUGGGGAGUCACCAAAAUGCUUUUCGCAGGCAAAGCUUCCGUCGGGGCCCACGCGUGUUUUUGUGUCAUGAUCGCACACUUGAUGCUUACUCAUGGAGCGCACGACAAUUUAGACUCAAGUAUUUACGGAUUUCAUCACGUGGGCAUUACGACUUCUGAUCUAGAGAAAUCUCAAAAAUUUUACGUCGAUGUUUUGGGUGGAAGUUUAGUGGAUGAUCUUAAGGGGAACAAUCUCCAGGGUGAUGAGGAAAUGUAUGUGCUCUUUCAGAAGGAAAUAUUGGAUGCUCAUGCGAGGAAUGUGAGUUUGGAUGAGGAAAAGGUGCCGAGUGUGUCUCGAGGUGGAGAUGUGGGACUGAGUAUUCGUUUUGUGUUGUUUGAUAAUCUGGUGGUUGAGUUGCUGGAGUUUAGUGAGCCAGGCAAGUCACAAGUAUAUGAUGCAAACUAUAAGUAUGCGACUGCAGCGUAUGUCAACACGGUCACAGUUUCGUUUUGGGUGAGAGACAAUGUUGAUCUAAAUGACUUUAUUACUCGUUUGGAAACAAUUUCCAAUCAAUUGUCAAUCGGCGUCAAGGUUAAUCAUGCCACAGGCAAUGCAGCUGCAACAACAUUUGGUGGAUCAGAAAUGAACGUCGAAGGGAUAAGUGUUGCUCAUGUCGUUGGCCCAUCAGGAGAACUUGUCGAGUUCGUGAAAUUCACUGGAGUAUCACGAUCGCGGUUGGCAACGGCUUUUCAUUCAAGGAAAGCUGUUAGUAAAGCUUUUUCAUCGAGUACAACGUGUUCUUCUGCUGAGCCUUUAGGAACUUGUUUGUAUGGAGUUCAUCAUAUUGGAGUGACGACGGAUGAUAUUGCUGCUUCUUUGAAGUUUUAUUCUGAUGUGAUGGGUGGGACUGUUCUUACAUCUCUCACUAUGAACAACGUGAACAGUGAUGGAGUAUACUACAGUUUCUUUCGGCAGGAAAUUUUGCAAGCAAGUCAUACAGCAGCUGAUUUAUCUGCAGCUGGAAUACCAGAUAUAGCAACUGACGGAACCGAGAAAUGCGACUUUGUGUUUGUUUUGUUUUCAAACAUGGUGAUUCGAUUGGGUCGCUUUUCUAGCAGACCAGCUGGUGAUGUGCUUUUUAAUGCUAGACAUUUAUCAUCCAGUCCAGCAUACGUGAGCAGUGGACACUUGACAUUUUGGGUAAAGGAAACAGUCGAUUUGAAUCAAUUCGUACAGAACGUCGAAGCUGCAAGCAGAAAUCUUGACCUUAAGCAAGUGCAAGGGAAUAGAGCAGUGGAUGUUGCAAGUGCUAGUGACUUAGAUAAAGUCCCUCUAUCAAAAUACAGCUACUCAAUCUCUGGUACUUUGACCAACUUUGACGGCUUGACGUACACGUACAUCAAGGGUCCAUCUGGGGAGCAGUUGGAAUUCCUCCAGUUGACGGGGAAGGCUAAUGAUGCAUUUAGAACGGCAUUCUGUGAUAGAGAUGCCGUAUCAACAGCAUAUUCUAGAAACAACUGUCCACACGACGCAAGUGAUGAAGACAAGAAAGAACAGCACGAAGGCGAGGAGGAGGAGGAAGACGAAGGCAAUACCGAUACUGUCAUAUUGGCUAUUAUGUGCUGCAUGGCGUUUUUAGUUGCUGUGAUUGUUGUUGUGUCUGUUUGCUAUUGUCACUAUCAGAGACCAACGCAAUUUCAGAAGCUCUAAUGGUUUAUGCUGUUUUGUGUUUUCAUUUUUUGUAUUGUUAUGAUUUGUACUGCUGGCUUACUGGCGU